CAUUUUUCUGUGCUUUUGAUGUUCACUCUACCAUAAACAUUCUCGACAGCAGCUGUCAGUCAGCUGAUAUUGCAGUGUUUUAAAAUACUAUCAAUUCUCAGACAAAUUAACAAAUACACAAUUGGAAAAUGGUUUGCGUUCCGUGUUUCAUUAUUCCGGUACUACUGUUCCUGUGGCAUCGAUUUAUUCAACCCAUCGUGUUACGUUAUUGGAAUCCAUGGGAGAAGAAAGAUAAGGACGGAAAUGUGAUUAAAGCUGGCCCGGAGUUUCCAUUCCAGUGUAAAGGUGGUGUCUGUCCGUUCCCAGUCAAAGACAAAAGCAAACAGGAAGUGGUUAAUGGUGCCAAUGAAUCUAGCCUUGUUACGUCUACAGUCGAGGGAGAUACUAAAAAAAGCCAGUAGGGGAUUUUGGUCAUCAUCCGAUGAUUUUAAUGUGUAAUUGGUAUUUAUGGUUAAAAGGAACGAUAGCUUGUCAAUAGAAUGAAAUUUAUCUGUAUAAUAAAUAUAAGGACAUGAUUGUAUAAAAGCAA